GUGGAUUUCAAGACCGAGGUGGUAGAGGAGGAGGAGGCGGUGGAUUUCAAGACCGAGGUGGUAGACGUGGAGGUGGUGGAUUUCAAGACCGAGGUGGUAGAGGUGGAGGUGGUGGAUUUCAAGACCGUGGUGGCAGAGGUGGAGGAUUUCAAGACCGUGGUGGCAGAGGCGGUAGAGGUUUUCAGCACCAAGGUGGUAGAGGCGACGGCGGUGGUGUUCAACGUCGUGGCGGAAGAGGCCGUGGUGCCGGUGAUCAAGGUGUUCAUUCUGACUACCCUUCAGCGUAAAUGGGCCUCUUAUGAGAGUAAAGAGAGGGAGGUCACACCACAGUUACUGGAAGCCAGUGGAAGUGCCUCGGGAGAGCUGAUUGAGGGUGGUGGUGACAGCACUUUCGGCGGAAGUGCCUCGGUGUUGGAGCCACAACCUGGACCCAGCACGUGUGAGGAGGCACCUGGAGAAUCGUCUUCCGCACAUCAGAAGAAACGGAAGGGAAAGUAA